UUUUUUUAUUUCGAGCAAAUAUUAACUUUACGAAUCACAGUCUAUCCCAGAGAUACGUGACACUCGAGCUACGCGAAUUUUUAAUUUUGACGUAUUUACGUUAUUCGGGUACAAUUUUCCCUAACGAUUGUCAAAUGUAAAAAUAAAUUUCAUUUUUGCUCAAAGUUUGAAAAUGCUACUGAAACGACAGAGGUAACAAUUUUUUCUACAUGAUUUGUGUUAAGUAGUAAUUAAUUAAUUAAUCACAGUUAAGUAAUAAAAUUAAUCAAUUUUAUAAUAUGUUUAUUAGCCAUACUUUGUCUGAAAAAAAAAACAUGAUAUUGAAUUACACGAAAAAAAAGAGUUUCGCGAAUGUUUGAGGAACACAUUAUUCGCUCAAUUCGGGGAAUGGCUGUAUUACAAACAAUUGGCAUAACGUUGGCACUUCUGAUGCUAAUUCUGAGUGGUAUAUCUGAAUGAUCAAAAAAUUUGUACUAGAGGCAUACAUACUCUUCCUGUACAAUUUAUGAACUAAUUAACAAUUUUCUUGCGAUAAUCCGCACGAUUUAUCAUUAAAAUCAUAAUUACAAUUUGAAUCGAAAAGGGCUUCCAGAAUCAAACUGCUGUAACGAGCUUUUGGCUACUUGUCAAAUCGUUCUACAUUACUAGACCUUGUUCCUACACAGUCCUUGAUCUAAAUCAAAGUGGGUAUAAUAUACAGCUGGGCUUAUCCCGAACGAAUUGACAACUACAGUAGAACGUCGAUUAUCCGGGGACGGAUUAACCGGCGGGAGGCUUAACCUUGCGCAUGAAUUUGACAGUUGGCCAAUCGUGGUGAACAUUUUCUGCGAUGAUCAGCUUAGCAAAAACAUUUGUUGUGCUGCUAUCUAGAGCCUAGUGAUAUUUUUUAACUUCAUUUUUGAUAAAGAACAAUUGUUAAAUCUAUUGUUGAGGAUUUCAAAAAAUAUUCUAUCAGUGAUUUAUCGAUUGGUUUAAGGUGAAUUCUUAGUAAAACCAGUAAAUCUUAUAAUGUUUAUAUGAAUUUUACAUAUUUUGGACCAUUAUCCGUGGAAAUCGAUAAACAGUUACAGUUACAGUAUACGCUCGGUAAUCCGCACAUUUUUAAUCCGCAAGGUCGAUAAUUCGCACUUUUGACAACUUAAUGAGGUGACGAGUGUUCGAUCAAAAGUAGUGUACAAUGAUUUAAAAAAUAAUAUUAAUGACGUCAAAACGUCAUUCGAUAAUCCGCACUCAAUCAAGGGCGGAUUACCGAGGGUUUACUGUACCAGCAGUUCCGAUAAAAUCGCACUGACACCAACCAUAAAUAAGUAGGGUUUCGAAUGUUCACUAAAUUUAUUCUAUAAUUCAUACAGCAAAUAUCGCAUUGGAUCUGAUCUGACUACUUAUAAAAACUACAAAAAAAAAAACAAUACAACUCUAAGACGCAUAACAUCGGUUAACCCAAGAGAGAGGAGUAAAUUGAGGAGCUAUGUUGCUCUAGGCAUUUAAAUUACCGUUUUUAUUUAACCCAAUUAGGUAAUUUGCCUUCCAGAACGGUUGCUAACAGUAAAGCACCUUUUGUCUGAUUUUAUCAGCUACUUGGUUCCCUCCUAAAUAAAAAACAGCUAAAUACUUGUGCCCAAUAGUACAUUUUAUGUAUUAGUAAGUAGCUAUUGCUUUCCAAACGGUUGAUGCAAUGGUACAGUGUAUUGGAAGUGUGAGAGCGUACGCUAUUUAAUUUAUGCAAUAUAUUCAAGAGGUUGAAACUAAGACAAGCCCUCAAUGCAUGACCACGACAAAGAGAUUUUUUUUUUGUUUUAAAUUAAGCGUUACCUUCGUUAUUUUUAUGCUACUGGUUGGAACAGUUGAUUGCCUUGUUGUAGAUUUGCGAUUCAUUCUUAAUUGAACAUUUGGUCAUUCAACAACUAGAUCGUGAAAAGAGAGUUUAGGUUAACAGUUGUAUUAUCAAUACUGUAGAUUACCAAUUAGUUUCGUGAGCAUACAAAAAAUAUGCUGUAGUUAUAAAACUGUUUAUGAACAAUCGGAUACGUUGUCGUAAAUUGUAAAUAAAAAACCUUGCAGUGCGACAUCAUUUUGUUAUGUAAUAAAUCGGUUAUAUACAUCGUGCAUAGAGUACACGAGUACAAGUUGGCCGUUUCUGCAUGAUUUCAAGGUUGGAUAUUUUUAACCUUAUUGACUUUUGUCACUAAUAUGGCGUUGGUGCUGCGAAAUAUUUAUCAAACAUUCAAUUACUUUUUCACCGAAUACAAAGAUCCUCGAAUCGAACAUUAUCCCUUGUUAGGAUCACCAUGGCCAAUCGUAAUGAUAAUAAUAUUAUACCUAAAGUUCGUCAAUGAUUGGGGUCGCCGAUUGAUGAAAUAUCAGAAUCCAUAUGAUCUCACUAUAGUUAUGAAUAUAUACAAUCUGAUACAGAUCUUUUUGAACCUUUACAUUGGCAUCGUUGGUGGUUUAAAUUCUUAUUUUGAUCCUGACUAUAGCUGGAGCUGUGAAACGAUCAAUCAAAAAGACAACCCAGUGAGGCGUAAACUUAUAUUCAUCACGUAUCUUUAUUUCAUUUCCAAAAUUAUCGACCUUCUAGAUACGGUAUUUUUCAUAUUGCGGAAAAAGUACAAUCAAAUUACAUUUCUUCAUACGUAUCAUCAUGCUGGAAUGGUAGCUGCUACGUAUAUUUUUACAAAAUUUUUAGCAGGAAGUCACGCAACACUUCUAGGACUUAUAAAUAGUUUUGUGCAUGUCAUCAUGUAUUUUUACUAUUUCCUUACAUCGUUUAAGCCUGAAUUGAAAAAAUCAAUUUGGUGGAAACGGCACAUAACCCAAGUCCAGCUGAUCCAGUUUACUAUUCUUAUGCUACAUUUUGGAGUUCCUUUGGUAGGAGGAUAUUGUGAUUUCCCAAAAACUCUCCUUUUCAUUGGUUUUACACAAAAUAUGUUCAUGUUCACAUUGUUUGCCGAUUUUUACAUCAAGACAUACAUUAAAAAGAAGUAACAUAGGUUAAAAAAUAAAAUAACCAUUAUCUAAAAUAAGUCUUCUGAAUUAUUUGUGCCCAUACUCUUUAUUUGUAACAGUAUGUAUUUAUAUUUGUAUGUAUGUAUAUACUGUGUUUCAAAUUUCAAAUAUUACAUUGUAUGUGUUGUUAAAAACGUACUCGAAGAAUAGCAGGUUGUAUAUCGGUUGAUGCUCAAUAAGCCUCGAAGGCCCAUGUAGGCCAGUAUGGCCACGUUGGUCGUUACGCCAAUAAGAAGAAUAAAAAAUAUAUUAGAUUUGCUUGCCGUGACUAGAGUAACGGCUAUGUGUUUCAAUUUUGUUUAAAAGUUUUAUAUAAUCGAACUACUUUUAAUUUGGUAUUAGUUUGUAUAAAUUAGCCAUAAAUAAUAACCCUUUUUGUCUAUUGAUUUUUAAA